UCUAGUGCCGCCGGCGCCUCAUCGCCUGUUGUGGACACCGGGGGUUUUCCGGUGAGCCCGAUCCAGCGCAGAUAGCCUGUGGAGCCGUUUGGCCCCGGCAAAGGCCCCCGAGGCCCACUUUCCUUGUCGUUGGCCGUCAGCCAGCAGGCCUGGCCGCUCUACCGCGAGGAGAACAUCUCCUCAGGGCCAUGUCCAGGCCGAGCAGCGUCUCCCCGCGGCCGUCGGCUCCUGGAAGGGGCGGCGGCAGCUGCCCGGCGCCGUGUGGCCUUGCGGGCGGCGGCCGGGCCAAGGGGCUGAAGGACAUUCGUAUAGACGAGGAGGUGAAGAUCGCGGUCAAUAUCGCUCUGGAGCGCUUCCGAUACGGGGACCAGAGAGAAAUGGAAUUUCCUUCUUCUUUGACCAGUACGGAAAGAGCCUUUAUUCAUCGAUUGAGUCAGUCUCUUGGUUUGGUUUCUAAAAGUAAAGGAAAGGGAGCAAGUAGAUACCUAACUGUGAAGAAGAAAGAUGGAUCAGAAACAACUCAUGCAAUGAUGACCUGUAAUUUGACUCAUAAUACAAAACAUGCUGUUAGGAGCCUAAUUCAAAGAUUUCCUGUCACCAAUAAAGAGCGUACUGAACUUCUGCCUAAAACAGAAAGAGGAAAUGUGUUUGCAGUUGAAGCUGAAAACCGGGAAAUGAGCAAGACAAGUGGGCGACUCAACAAUGGCAUACCUCAGAUUCCAGUGAAAAGAGGAGAAUCUGAAUUUGAUUCUUUCAGGCAGUCUCUGCCAGUGUUUGAGAAACAAGAAGAAAUUGUUAAAAUAAUUAAGGAAAAUAAAGUAGUUUUGAUUGUAGGAGAAACUGGGUCUGGAAAGACUACACAGAUUCCUCAGUUCCUUUUAGAUGAUUGCUUUAAAAAUGGUAUCCCCUGCCGUAUAUUUUGUACUCAACCAAGGCGAUUAGCAGCUAUUGCUGUGGCUGAAAGAGUUGCUGCAGAGAGAAGAGAAAGGAUUGGUCAGACAAUUGGGUACCAGAUCCGUUUAGAAAGCAGGGUUUCUCCAAAGACACUUCUGACAUUUUGCACCAAUGGGGUACUGCUUCGUACUCUGAUGGCAGGAGAUAGUUCAUUGUCAACUGUGACACAUGUUAUUGUGGAUGAAGUACAUGAAAGGGAUCGAUUUAGUGAUUUUUUACUUACAAAGUUAAGAGAUUUGUUGCAGAAGCACCCAACUUUGAAACUAAUUCUUUCUAGUGCUGCCUUAGAUGUAAAUCUUUUUAUGAGAUAUUUCGGGAGUUGUCCAGUGACAUACAUACAGGGAAGACCAUUUGAAGUAAAAGAAAUGUUUCUGGAAGACAUUUUAAGAACUACUGGAUACACAAACAAAGAAAUGUUAAAAUACAAAAAGGAAAAACAACGAGAGGAAAGACAACAAACCACACUUACAGAAUGGUACUCAGCUCAAGAGAAUACUUUCAAGUCUGAAUCUCAGAGACAGAGAGCUGUCCCAAAUGUGACUGAAGAAUAUGAUUUAUUGGAUGAUGGUGGUGAUGCCGUCUUCAGUCAGUUGACAGAAAAAGAUGUGAAUUGCCUUGAACCAUGGUUAAUAAAGGAAAUGGAUGCUUGUCUUUCUGACAUAUGGCUGCAUAAAGAUGUUGAUGCGUUUGCUCAGGUCUUUCACCUUAUUUUAACUGAAAAUGUUAGUGUGGAUUACAGACAUAGUGAAACCAGUGCAACAGCGUUGAUGGUUGCUGCAGGACGAGGUUUUUCAAGUCAAGUAGAACAGUUAAUUAGUAUGGGAGCCAAUGUUCAUAUUAAAGCAUCAAAUGGCUGGAUGGCUUUAGAUUGGGCUAAACACUUUGGGCAGACAGAAAUUGUGGAUCUUCUAGAAUCUUACAGUGCUUCAUUGGAAUUUGGAAAUUUAGAUGAAAGUUCUUUGGUUCAAACAAAUGGGAGUGAUCUCAGUGCAGAAGACAGAGAGCUCCUGAAAGCUUAUCAUCAUAGUUUUGAUGAUGAAAAAGUAGACUUGGAUUUGAUCAUGCAUCUUCUAUACAAUAUCUGCCAUAGUUGUGAUUCUGGUGCAAUAUUGAUUUUCCUGCCUGGAUAUGAUGAAAUUGUUGGUCUGAGGGAUCGCAUCCUGUUUGAUGACAGGCGGUUCGCUGACAAUACUCAUAGAUACCAAGUCUUUAUGCUUCAUUCAAAUAUGCAAACGUCCGAUCAAAAGAAGGUAUUAAAAAACCCACCUGCAGGUGUUCGAAAAAUAAUCCUUUCCACCAAUAUUGCUGAAACCAGCAUCACAGUCAAUGACGUUGUCUUUGUUAUUGAUUCUGGUAAAGUGAAAGAGAAAUCCUUUGAUGCACUGAAUUUUGUUACAAUGUUAAAAAUGGUGUGGAUUUCCAAAGCUAGUGCCAUACAGCGAAAAGGCAGGGCAGGGCGAUGCAGACCUGGAAUUUGUUUCCGGCUGUUCAGUAGACUUCGAUUCCAGAAUAUGUUGGAAUUUCAGACUCCAGAACUUUUGAGAAUGCCAUUACAGGAACUUUGUUUACAUACCAAGCUCUUAGCCCCAGUUAAUUGUCCUAUUGCUGAUUUCCUUAUGAAAGCUCCUGAACCUCCACCAGCUUUAAUUGUAAGAAAUGCUGUGCACAUGCUUAAGACAAUAGAUGCAAUGGAUGCAUGGGAAGAUCUCACUGAACUUGGAUAUCAUUUGGCUGACUUGCCAGUAGAACCACAUCUUGGUAAAAUGGUCCUGUGUGCUGUGGUGUUAAAGUGUCUGGACCCCAUCCUUACAAUUGCCUGCACACUAGCCUACCGAGAUCCUUUUGUCCUGCCAACGCAGGCCUCUCAAAAACGUGCAGCUAUGCUUUGUAGGAAACGUUUCACUGCAGGGACUUUCAGUGACCACAUGGCACUUCUCAGAGCAUUCCAGGCAUGGCAGAAAGCUCGAAGUGAUGGGUGGGAGCGAGCCUUUUGUGAAAAGAAUUUUCUUUCACAAGCUACUAUGGAAAUAAUCAUAGGCAUGAGAACUCAGUUGCUUGGUCAACUUAGAGCAUCAGGUUUUGUGAGAGCACGAGGUGGUGGUGACAUUCGAGAUGUUAACACAAAUUCUGAGAACUGGGCUGUCGUUAAAGCUGCAUUGGUUGCAGGCAUGUAUCCUCAUUUAGUCCAUGUGGACAGAGAGAAUGUAGUAUUGACAGGGCCAAAGGAGAAAAAAGUACGAUUUCAUCCCACUUCAGUUCUCAGUCAACCUCAAUAUAAAAAGAUUCCUCCAGCUAAUGGUCAAGCUGCAGCAAUUCAGGCACUGCCCACAGAUUGGCUUAUUUAUGAUGAAAUGACCAGAGCUCAUAGAAUAGCUAAUAUUAGAUGUUGUUCAGCAGUGACACCUGUCACUGUAUUGAUAUUUUGUGGACCAGCUAGGUUGGCAAGUAAUGCUCUUCAGGAACCUUCAUCUUUUCGAGCAGAUGGUAUUCCUAAUGACAGUAGUGAUAGUGAAAUGGAAGACAGAACUACUGCUAAUUUGGCAGCUUUAAAACUUGAUGAGUGGCUCAAUUUCAAACUAGAGCCAGAGGCAGCCAGUUUAUUGCUGCAGCUUAGACAGAAGUGGCAUAGCUUAUUUUUACGCCGAAUGAGAGCUCCAUCCAAACCUUGGUCUCAAGUUGAUGAAGCUACCAUAAGAGCAAUUAUAGCUGUUUUAAGCACUGAAGAACAGUCUGCAGGUUUACAACAACCAUCUGGGAUUGGCCAAAGGCCAAGGCCUAUGUCUUCAGAAGAACUUCCUUUGGCAUCAUCUUGGAGGUCAAAUAAUAGUAGGAAAAUUUCAGCAGAUACUGAAUUUUCUGCUGAGUCUACUACUGCAGAAAGAGUAUUGAUGGAAUCUCCAUCUCCAGCACUGCACCCACCUCAGAAGUACAAAGAUAGAGGAAUUUUACAUCCUAAACGAAGCACUGAUGACAGGUCAGAUCAGUCUUCUGUGAAAUCUACAGACAGCAAUAGUUAUCCAAGUCCUUGUGCUAGUCCUUCUCCUCCAUCCUCAGGAAAGGGCUCAAAAUCUCCUUCACCAAGACCAAACAUGCCUAUUCGAUACUUCAUAAUGAAGAGUAGCAAUCUGAGAAACCUUGAAAUUUCUCAACAGAAGGGUAUCUGGUCUACAACCCCUAGUAAUGAGCAGAAGCUAAACCGAGCCUUUUGGGAAAGCAGCAUGGUUUACUUGGUAUUUUCUGUUCAAGGAUCUGGACAUUUCCAGGGAUUUUCUAGAAUGUCUUCUGAGAUAGGAAGGGAGAAGAGUCAGGACUGGGGUUCAGCUGGACUAGGAGGAGUGUUUAAGGUGGAGUGGAUACGAAAAGAAAGUCUUCCCUUUCAGUUUGCACACCAUUUACUCAAUCCUUGGAAUGACAACAAGAAAGUCCAGAUAAGCAGAGAUGGGCAGGAACUAGAACCUCAGGUUGGUGAACAGUUGCUCCAGUUAUGGGAACGCCUUUCAUUGGGAGAAAAAACCACAACUGAUUGACAUUCAGACUUCUUAGCUUCAGAAGAACAUCAUGCCUACUUAUAACCACUGAAUGCACUGACUUCCAAAAACUGAGAUGGGGUUGUGUGUUAUUCUGAAUGGGCUUUUCUGGUUGAAAGUGUUGCUUUAGAACCACCAUCUUCAUAUAAAAGAGAAAAGGAUAAUUUAAUUUUUAUAGUGAUCAUAGGGAACGAUUAUAUGUUUAUUAAUAUGUUUAUAAUUGAAUGAAAUAGAGUAGUUUCAUUAUUUAACACAAUAGCAGUUAAACAUACUUAAUUUGAAGUUAAACAUUUCAUUUGUUUGAAACACUGACUUAGAACUCUUAUUGGUGAUUUUUUUUAAUGCAGAGUAAAUUGUUUACUUUUAAGAAAGGUCUGACUAUAUCUGUCCAUCUGAGCAACAUUUUAGAAGAGUCAACUCUAAAGAUUUAUCAUUAAAAAACAAGCAAGGAAAGCAAAUGACCAAAAUCUAAAAAUGUCCCUUUUAAAAAUAGGGUGUGCUGAUUAAAGACUAUUCAUUGUGCCAUUUUUAACCUGAGGCACAUUAAAGAAAAAAAAAAAAGAAAGAAUGUUCUUUUUCUGCAACUAUGAAAUGCAGUAAAAACUGAAGAAAGGCAGAAUUCUUCCCUGACUUUGAUCAGAUCAGAUUAAGUGCUUAGUUUUAUUCCUGGUGCUACCUCUUUUAACCUGAUGUGUCCUAAACCUUCCUUUCUCCUACAUUACAAUCGUCACACAUCUCUGAUAUAAAAACAGUGAUUAUGAUCUCUUUGUUUUGGCUAGAGAAACUUGAUUUAGACAAGUUAAAAAUUUAAGCAGGUUAUACAAGUUGAAAAGAAAUGCUCUUAACAGUUAGUGGUAGCUUGGUUUCUCUAUGUCUUCCAAACUGAAGCCUCCAAACACCACAAUUCUAAAUGCCUUCUAUUUGUUUUCUAGUACUUUUUAUUCUACUUAUGUUUCCAGGUAAGAUUUCUCUUUUUUUGCAUUUGUGGUUUAAUAAAUGGAGAGUACCUUUUUGUAAACCCAUGUUAGUGCCAACUGUCAUAUAUUUCUUUGCCAUCUCAGAAUUAUUUGGUUUGCUCUCUUUACCACAAUUGUCUAUGAAGUUUCCUUAGACACUUUCUGAAGGGAAAUGGAGGUUCAGGGAGAAAUCAAAGAAAUGUCUUGGUUACUGAGUUCUAAAUAGACCAGGUUUGAUAGCACUUCUCAUGAUGCAGUUGGGUCAUUGCCAUGUAACAAAAAACCAACAUGAAUCUGAUUUAAAGACAAAAAGAAAACUCUAAGUCCUCUGCUUCUAUAUUUGAGAACAAAGAAGUGAAAAAUCAUGGGUCAACAUAAAAUCUUGGGAACUCUUCUACUUUCUCUGGGAAAGCAUUAUAUGUUGGUGCAUUAGUUUAAAAUGUCGGCUGUGACUUUUGCCUGUAUACGUAGGUACUGGAUUUUUGUUUGUUUUAUACUUUGAAACAUACCUGUAAAUUGAGCCUAUGUGAAUUAUGUUCCACUACAUGCAUAUUACAGUUCUUUUCCUAUUAGAGCAAGUUGUGGUUUUCUGAUAAUGGAUACAUUUUGUUUAGGUACAUAUUUAGCAGUUCACAGUGUCCUAAUUUGGAAGUAAGAACUUCUAAAAAAUAGAACUUGUUUUAAUUUUCAUCUGUUUUCUAAUAUAUAUCCCUGUAUGUAAAUGAUGAGUUUGUUGAUAUUUAAGAUAAACACAAUUUGAAUGUAAUUAAAA